UUUGAUCGCGAUUGUCUGGUCGCCUUGGUCUCAGUGUGUUUCGACCCCCAGAGGUCACACCAUUACCAUUUUGUGAGUUGUGUUACCAACAAACCCUGCAACAAACGUGGUUGAGGCAACCAGAAGUAGGCCGCUGAAGUUUAGGGUAUACGAGACCCACUCAGUGUUUGGGUUACAGGUGCGUUGGGUUACCGUGUUGGAAAGCUGAGACUUUCUACUUGAAUUCUUGCAGUGGAGACGCAAAUUAGAGCUCCAUAGUAACAAAUUAGACGCCAUUGGAGAAAGGUUUGUUUCCAUGGGCGUUAAAACAAAAUGACGGAAUAUACCCACUGGAUGGAGACGCUAUACGGAUGGGCACCCGCUUCCAUGAAGCCCAAAUCAAUGGGAAACUAUGUUCACAGUAGUGGUUUCCAAGGGCUAUCAAACAUUGGCAUGGUGGUUCGAGAUAUACAAUCCGGUAACAUUAUCCAGCUGGAAUCACAGGCUACGGGCGGACUUCUACGAGUCAACACUCUGUCGGGAAAGAUCGACUUCAAUGGGGUCUUCGGAAAACAGUCUCAAUUCAUCGUCCAGAGAUUCAGUGGUGACGUCAUCACACUAAGAUGCGUCGCCAACACCAAAAACUUCCUGAUUCUACGGAACGGCACCCUCUACGCAAAUGGUAAGGGCGACCCGCAGUGUAGAUUCCUAUUUCAUCUCUGUGACGGAAUGCACAUGAAGUUUGAAGCUGUGCACAACGCCAACCGUUUCGUAUCCGUCCACAGGAAAUAUGGCGGGAACGAUGACGUGCGUGCAUUACGGACACGAAGUGCUAUGUCGUCUGGUGACAGGGGCACGCAAGGGUCAUUCAAGGUCAUUCUGGUGGGCCAUAUGAACCAAAGUUUUGCAACAUAAGCUCCACGCCACGAGUAUAGGCCUACCAGGGUUACGCUUGAAACGGAAGAUAGGGUGUUUUGGGCAUUUUGUUAACGAACCACCCUAAUGAGCUUUGAUGACGUUCCUACCGUCUCGGCAGAGUUUGAUGGAUUCAUCAGUGUACUUUACAUCCCGUGAAUUCAAAUCUUUUCCAUUCAGCCAAGGGCCCAAAUUCUUAGAGCUGUCAUCAGAAUGUAUUGCUCAGCACAGAUGAGCAGGAUACCAGUCACAAAUUGUACAUAAAUAUUGAGUGUCUUCGACGCAAUGUUUAAAUGGUGGGCCUACAUGUUUUUUUUUAUUUAGAAGGCUCAAGAUUGUUUUUGAUUUUAAAUGAUCCGAAAUAAUAUGCUCAGCUGUUGUAUUCAAAAAUAUUCUUGUAUUAUAGCUGAAGCUCAACAGCCAAGAAUAAACAGAUACUGCUUACCAGCCAAAAUACCACAACCUGUAUCAUUUGUAACUGGUAUCCUGCACAGUUUGCUAAGCAGAAAACUGAUAAUUUCUGCUUAAGCAGCUGUUAUUUGCUUCCGCAUAAAUGAUUGAUUUAACACAAACUCUGCUUCCAGCAACACUAAGCAUGAUCAGUCACAUAUGCUACAUACAAGAUGGUUUUAAUUAGAUGGUAAUCUUUUUUCUGGUUAGCAUACAUGUUUGCUAGCUUGUUGUGCUGAAGCAGCUCCAUAAAAUUGGGCUCAGUUUGCCGUAUAAAAAUAUGGCAUUAUUAUUGAACUUAAACAUUCAUAAAAACUGGAUUUCUUCUUUUUCUUUUAGAAUUGAAAAAAAUAACUUGCCAAUUUAAUUAUGUAAAAUGUUAUUUUUGACAACUGUUUUUACUCUGUGUUAAACUGUAAUGAUAACAAUCUCUCCUAUAUUUUCUUAAGCAUUCAUGAAAUGUUUACAUUUUGCAAGUUUAAUACAAUUCUUUUUAAUAUAAAAUUAUUUUUGAGAAAAAUAACAGAGAGCAAAGUGGUUUUGUUCAACUCUUUUUAUUUAUUUAUCAUGUACAGUUGAUUGAAACAGUUCAUAAUCUUGCUUUGAAUAAAGCCAUUGGACCCUUUCGGUAAACAGUAUUGUCCAAGGCCCACACUUCGUGUAUCACAACUUCUAUAUCA